AUGCAGCGAAGGCAGGGAAGAGUCAGUGCUGGGCUGCUUUUAUUGCUUUAUCAAAUUUCUCAAGUUGGACUGGAGAACAUUCCUCCUGUCACCCUUGGGGUGCUUGCAGUGAACAUUUUCCUCUUCCUGAACCCCGUGAAGCCGCUGUCGGAGGCGUGCAUCAGCGUCAGCGAAGGCUUCUACCGGCGGGACUGGCAGCGCCUGCUGCUCUCCCCCGUCCACCAUGCGGAUGACUGGCACCUCUAUUACAACAUGAUUUCCAUGCUUUGGAAGGGGAUAAUGCUGGAAAAAAAGCUUAAGAGCUUAUGGUUCGGAUACAUAGUUGUGGUGUUUUCAGUGCUGAUUGGAGUUGUUUAUAUGGUGCUGGAAUUCACGCUUAUGAAAUUUCUGGAUGAUCCUUCGUACGAAAUGAAUUGUGCUGUAGGCUUUUCAGGAGUUUUGUUCGCUCUGAAAGUUCUCAACAACCAUUACAAUCCAGGAAGAAUCAGCAAUGUCCUUGGCUUACCCAUACCCAGCAGAUACGCGUGUUGGGCGGAGCUGGUGGCUAUUCAUUUAAUUGCCCCAGGAACUUCUUUUGCUGGGCAUCUGGCAGGGAUUCUCGUUGGCUUGAUGUACACUACAGGACCUCUGAAAACAAUCAUGAAAGCCUGUGCAGGUGCCAUUUCUUCAUUCACUAACCCUGCCAGACCAAGGGACUACUAUUCAGGUAAACGCUCUUCUUACCCAUAGUAUUCUGGCUCUCCAGGUUACCAGUACAGGCCGUCGAGGAGCUAUUACGAUUACACUGGUGGGCUCUCUGAAGAGGAGCAGCUGGAGAGGGCGGUGCUGAACAGUCUGCACGAGAGAGGCUCCGGUGGAGCGACGCACGGGAACGAGCGGCGGCCGUACGGCUUCUGGUGGCCGCCGGAGCCGCGCUCGGAGGAGGAGCUGAGACGGCAGAGGCUGCGCAGGUUCGAGAGGCAGUGA